GUUUACGGGGUGAGCCACGCUGAUCCCUGUUUCCCAACAAUACGCACGCCGUCUCUCACUUUCAUAAUAGCUCUCUCACGCAGAAAACGGUUUUACGCCAUCAAUUGGAGUCCAUUCUUCAAUUCAUUUUACUGAUGUGCGCUAUUUGUCAUCGAUCUCACCUUAAGUUAAACAUGGACUUUUUCUAAAACUGCAGCAGUGACGUGGAAGCUUGAAUUGAACAGUACCAUAAAUGUUUCAGGGAUUCCGGAAUAAUGCCUUGACCAGUGCAUAUAUCUGCGCAUGACGAGUCAGCUUUAUCAUGCGCUUGUCUCUCAUCCUCAUCUUGGCUGAUCCAUGGCUGUGGACGACACUGUGCAAUGUCGGCGGCCAGGAGGAGGAGUACGAGUCUGGACGGACCUACGUCCUCAACCCCCUCAGGCUGCCCUGGGGGGACGCGGCAGAUGCAUGCCGGGACAUGGGGGGAGAUCUGGCAAUCAUCAGGAGCAUAUCCACUCUGCCCACCAUACAGCUGGAAGGUGACUGGACAUUCUGGAUCGGCCUCACGAAGAACGAAGAAGGCAGGUGGCAUUGGAGUAAUUCAGACAAACCAAUAUGGACUAACUGGCGGACAACCUACAUCCGAGAUUUAACUUUCCCCAAAUUUCGGUGUGCCUCAGCUGUCACAAUGAUGCCGUACUGGUGGGCCCCUGAAAACUGCAGCACUCCACUCCCGUCACUCUGUGAAUUGCAGGAAGGUGAGUGUACUUUCCUACGCCAUAACCACUCUAGCAUCAUAUCCAACAAUUUGGAGAUUCCUUCUGGCAAGGAGCUGGAGGAAUGCAAGAAGCUGUGCGAGAGCGAAGUCAACUUCACCUGCCGCUCAUUUGAAUACAACAGCAAGAGACGCUACUGUCAGCUAAGUGAUGUGGACCGUCACACAAGCGGGAUCCGGUUCACGGAGAACGACGAGGAGCUCGACUACUACCACCGUACAUGUGAUACAGGUCGCCUGAAGGCAGGGUUUACCGUCUCUCCCAUCGGCAUCAUCACACAGGAGUACAACACAACGCCAGAUCCAACAACCCCAGAACCGACCUCGAGUUUGUUUUGCACACAACUAAGGUCAAUUGAUCCAAACACGACAGAGCCGGUGCCUGAGGAAGUUAAGGAACUUCAGUCUAUGAAUGUCGUGUUUAAAGCUCGCCAGACAACGCUAAAGAGGACCAGCGUUCCAGACUCUAGACCCUCCGCAACAUACGUGGGGUCAUCAGCCGUCAUCGUCUCAUUCUCAGUCAUAGGCGCGAUCAUCUUAUGUGACCUCUUUACCUUGCCGCGCCAUUGCAAAAACGCACAUAGAAACUUGAAGCGUAAAAAGAGAAAACACGUUGAGAUCACAUUCGCUGAUCGCAGCCACCUCAACAUUACAGAUCACAUGAAUGCUGUGAAACUGCAUAUGCAGCAUCUUUCACAAAACGACACAUCAAAUGACACUAAAGAAGAAAACGGUGAUCCAUUGACAAAUGCCGAGGUUUUGAGUGAGCAUUCUUUCGGUAAGAUUAUGAACACGGACGUCGGAGAAGACGACAAAGUUCCCAAUGGAACUUUACAACGCAAAACCUCAUCCAGGACAUAUGAUUGGUCAGAUGAGGACGACCCUACCGAACCGCGUGAUAUCCUUGCAAUUGAAAUAGAAUGCGACUCAAAUGAUGCCAAAAGCGAUGACGUUGAUCUUGAUGCAUCUUCAAGUAGUUCCAAGUACAUUUAUCGGACGUACAUGAGCACGGACUUGUGAGGAGCUGGGCAGCUGUCUGUGUUCACGGUGCUUUUAUUUCGAUGUCCAGUUUGUGACAUAUAUUUCAGUUGCUUCGUGUGUAUAUGGAUGUUGGUAUUAUUCGGAAGACGAUACCGCAAACUUUCAUUCUAGAGGGUCACGGCGUUGAAGACAGUAACAUCAAGGGGAUGGAUGGUUAUUAAGAUUAUGAAAAUAGAAAUAGUAGCAGUAAGGUGUUUGCCAAUUCAUCACCACUGAGUGGGAAGGUUGAGGAUGAGAGUCGAUAUUAAGGAAAGUAGGCUUGAGGUAUUCCUUCGAGGCAAAUUAUUUUCUUUUGUUUUCAUACAUUUCUGUUUUGUCAUGGGUCAUGCGUUUGGCAUUGAACACGAGGAUAUCAAUUUGCAAGUUCUUGUAAUGACUCUUGAAGAUCCUCCGAAAAUAAUGUGGUCGAUCUCUACACGUCUGUCCUUGUUUAAUGUUUUGGGUGUCAUGUUCAAUGGUUACACCAUGUUUUAUAAUAAAAUACACCAGAAU